AUGGAAAAGCACAUGCUUAUUUAUUUGGCAGAUCCUACGACUUGGAGUCCGAUUUUACAGGAGGCCGUGAAGGCACAGGAUUUGGGAGUUAUCCCAUUUGAUUUGACUUUGAAUUAUGAUCAUUGGAACUAUAUCGAUAUCAUGAAAUCUAUUCUUCCUGAAGAUGCUCAAGGGGAAAUUCCAGUCGGCUUUGCCAUUGUUGGGCAUGUUGCCCACCUCAACCUACAUGACGAGUACCUUCCUUACAAAAAUCUUGUUGCGUCCGUCCUCAUGGACAAGAACCCGACCAUUCGCACUGUCAUCAACAAAAUUGAUGACGUCGGCACCGUCUCUGAGUACCGGACUUUCUCUUAUGAAGUGCUGGCCGGCGAUGAUAACAUGAAUGUUGAAAUUCGGGAAGGAGAUUGUACUUUCCGAUUUGAUUAUUCAAAGGUCUACUGGAAUAGUAGAUUACAAACAGAACAUAAGCGAUUAGUGGAUCUGUUUGAACCUGGGGAUGUGGUAUGUGAUGUUAUGGCGGGGGUGGGUCCAUUUGCUUUACCGGCAGGGAAGAAAGGGGUUUUUGUAUGGGCAAAUGAUUUAAAUCCAGACAGCUACAAGGCUAUGAAGGAUGCAGUGGUUAGGAAUAAGGUCGAAAAUUUCGUUCGCACAUUCAAUGAAGAUUUACCAAUGGUACAUGUACAUUGUUUUGCACCAAAGAACGAAGACAAUGAAGCGGCCAACAUAGAGAUCUGUGAGAGGGUGAGUGAGAAACUAGGAGUGAAGAUUGUACAGGGAGAUGAGCAUGAAACAAAGGUUUGGGAUGUAAGGGAUGUGGCGCCAAAGAAGAGGAUGUUUUGUGUUAGCUUUAGGAUACCGGCUGAGGUCGCUUUUGGGCAAAGGAAGGGAUAA